CACCUGCACACAUACACGUGCACACACGCACACACACACUUCUGUUUUUUACCAUCAUAAUGAAUCAGGAUCUGUAUUUUGGGACGGAUGCAUUAAAAACAUGUCGGAGUGUUGCUGGUAAAAUAUGACAAAGGGUCCCUUAUCUGAGCGCACACUAAUGAAAAACAUCACAUUGCAAAAAACACUAGUGAUACUUCCUAAUACUGCAAACUAAAUCAUGUAGAAUACUUUAUGACAUUUAAAAAAAUCUGUAGCUUGUUUUGUCCAAAUUUGUAACAAUUAUUUAAUAUAUGAACAAAAUAAAUCUUUAUGAAAAUCAGAGACAGUUGAAGAGAAAAUGCUCUAAAAUAAAACAAGGAACAAAACUUCACCGAAACGCAAGAUGACAGGUAAUAGUCAAAGACACUAACACAGUAAGACGGGACAAAGAGGGAGAAACACAGGACGUGAUAAACUCGUACAAAUGAAAUCUUAACAUCUUAAUCUUUUGCUGACAGCAGCGAAAACAUCCAACCAGAAAAAUACAACAAGAGCUUCAAAGAAGUUCAAAAUGGCUAAAGAACAGAAAAUCGUAAUCAAGAACUCUCCAGCCAGUCAGAGGUCACUCUGUGAGAUUACAUCUCUGUCCUGGGAGUGAGCUGGCAGAAGAAAUCAUGCAGUCGAAGCCCGAACAGCAAACCCAUAAUAAACACUGGGACCACACAUUUUAACACAGCCUCUCAGCUUCAAGCUCCACAGACUUCUCAGGUUUCUUAAACGUGCAGGAUGUCUUCGUGCUCUCUGUGAUUUCCUUUAACGAGUUCUUGAGCUUUGUUUGACUUUCCAACAUGUUCUAUCCUCGCUGUCUGUUUCAGUGAAGGUGACGUUCCCUGUGUGCGCGCCCGUGUGCUGAUGUGCUCGUGCAUGCUCAGGCUUCUGCAUGCUGAGUGGAUCCUUCUGGCUGCGUUUGUAAUAUCGGUGUUCACAGUUCACUCAACAACAAAGGGCACCUUCAAGGAACAAAUGUGUCUGCAGGGUCAGAAAGCUGCAGACCAAAGAUCGAUCUAAGCACCAACCAGGUUCCUUCUUCUGAAGACAAAUGAGGCCGCCAGUGAGCCGAGCGGCGCCGCAGCCCGAGAAACUCCAGAAAAACAACGUGUCCAAGAAGAAGCGGCCGGUCGAGGACCUGAUCUUGGACCACGUCUUUGGUUUUCGGGGCUUCGAUUGUCGUAACAACCUGCACUACCUCAACGACGGCGCCGAGAUCGUGUACCACACUGCCGCCACCGCCAUCGUGCACAGCCUGAGCACCGGAACGCAGAGCUUCUACCUGGAGCACACGGACGACAUCCUGUGUCUGACCGUCAACCAGCACCCCAAAUUCAAGAACAUCAUCGCCACCGGGCAGAUCGGUGACGGCGGUGAACUCCCAGGAACGACCCCCUCGAUCCACGUGUGGGACGCCAUGGGCAAGCAGACGCUGUCCAUCCUCCGCUGUCCGCACAGCAAAGGCGUCGGCUACGUGAACUUCAGCGCCACGGGAAAGCUGCUGCUGUCCGUCGGAGUGGACCCUGAACACACCAUCACGGUGUGGCGCUGGCAGGAAGGAUCUCGAGCGUGCGGGAAAGCCGGACACCCGGACCGGAUCUUCGUGGUGGAGUUUCGGCCCGACUCGGACGCUCAGUUCGUGUCGGUGGGAAUCAAACACGUGAAGUUCUGGACGCUGGCCGGCGGCGCGCUGAUGUACAAGAAGGGCGUGGUGGGGACGCUGGAGGACGGCAGGAUGCAGACGAUGCUGUCUGUCGCCUUCGGUGCGAAUAACUUGACGUUCACAGGGGCCAUUAACGGGGACGUGUACGUGUGGCGAGAUCACUACCUGCUGCGGGUGGUGGCGAAGGCUCACACCGGGCCGGUCUUCACCAUGUACACCACCCUGAGAGACGGACUCAUCGUCACCGGUGGAAAGGAGAGGCCGACGAAGGAGGGCGGAGCAGUGAAGCUCUGGGAUCAGGAGAUGAAACGAUGCCGAGCCUUCCAGCUGGAGACCGGGCAGCAGGUGGAGUGCGUGCGGUCGGUCUGCAGAGGCAAGGGUAAGAUCCUGGUGGGGACGAAAGACGGCGAAAUCAUCGAGGUCGGGGAGAAGAACGCGGCGUCCAACCUGCUGCUGGACAGUCACGCUCGGGGGGGAAUCUGGGGUCUGGGCGCUCAUCCGGCCAAAGAUCUCUGCAUCACGGCGAGCGACGACGCCACCAUCCGCCUGUGGGACCUCGCCGACAAGAAACUGCUGAACAAAGUGUGCGUCGGCCACGCGGCUCGCUGCGUCAGCUACAGCGCAGACGGAGAGAUGCUGGCGGUGGGGAUGAAGAACGGCGAGUUCCUCCUCCUCCUCUCCAAUUCGCUGAAGAUGUGGGCGAAGAAGCGAGACCGCAGCGCCACCGUCCAGGACAUCCGCUUCAGUCCGGACCGGCGGCUGUUGGCGGUCGGCUCCGUGGAGAACACGGUGGACGUGUACGACGUGAGCGCAGGGCCGACGCUGAACCGGCUGGUUUACUGCAGCGACAUCCCCGCCUUCGUCCUGCAGCUCGACUUCUCUGCUGACAGCUGCUACGUACAGGUGUCCACCGGAGCUUAUAAGCGGCAGGUGUUCGAGGUUCCUUCUGGAAAGCUGGUGAGCGACCCGAUCGCCAUCGACAGAAUCACCUGGGCAACGUGGACCAGCAUCCUGGGAGACGAAGUUUUGGGGAUUUGGCCUCGAAACGCCGACAAAGCUGACGUGAGCUGCGCGUGUGUGUCUCACGGCGGCCUGAACAUCGUCACCGGCGACGACUUUGGAUUGGUCAAACUGUUCGACUUCCCCUGCACAGAGAAGUUU